AUGCAAGACACAGUCGCAGCUAUCCUCCCCCUCUACCAUAACAAUGGCCACAAGGGUCUCACGUUUGCGCUGGACUGUACCACCAGCGGCCUUGGCUGCCUAUGGAACGGGGAGUGGGCUCACUCUAACAGGCACUUGCAGAAAGCCCACUUCACCAAUGCCUCGGUCCACCAGGAUUCCAAUUCUGACCCACGAAGCCCCUCUUCGACCCCGACUGGGGAAAUUGACGAGCAACACGGCGACCAGGCCUCAAUUUGGCUGAAUAUUGUUCACAAGUUCGAAAAUAUCAAGCACAAUGUUGUUCCGGGAGAGUGGGGGGAUCUUCGCGGCAACAUUACGAACCUGAUCGUCCCCGACUGGGCGCGAUUGCUACCUGCUACGGCCCAAAAGCUGCAACGCGAGCUAUCUUUGGCCCCUGGCUCGCUAGCCGACGACAUAUGGAAGGAGUCCCAAGAUCCUGACAUCAACCCGGAAAUUUUGCAGGAUGCCAAGGUGCGAGUCAGCGAUAAGCUCUGCGCAGAGGAGCUUGAGUUCAGAAAGCAACGACAAAAGCACGCGGCGAAAGCGCUGGCUUCCUAUCUUGACAUUCCGGUAGAGGACAUUCACCCCGAUGAUGUGCCGGUCAUUGCCAUGUGUGGCUCGGGAGGUGGACUGCGUGCCUUGGUCGCGGGGACAGGCUCAUACCUGGCUGCGCAGGAGGAAGGCCUAUGGGAUUGCGUGACCUACACGGCCGGAGUCAGUGGGAGCUGCUGGCUCCAGACUCUGUAUCAUUCGUCAAUCACGGACCGCAGCUUCCAUAAACUCGUUGACCACCUGAAAAGCCGUCUUGGCGUUCACAUUGCUUUCCCGCCCACGGCAUUGGAUCUCCUUACUACCGCACCGACCAACAAGUUUCUUCUCAGUGGCAUCGUGGAGAAAUUGAAGGGAGACCCUGGUGCGGACUUUGGAUUGGUGGAUAUUUACGGACUAUUACUCGCCGCCAGACUUCUAGUUCCGCGUGGUGAGCUUGGAGUCUCGGGUCUGGAUUUUAAAAUCUCCAACCAGAAGGAGAAUUUACUAAAUGGAGCACACCCGCUCCCUAUCUAUACAGCAGUUCGACAUGAAAUCCCAGGAAUUGUGGAGGGUGCCGAUGGCCCCAAGCCUUUGCCCGAGGACCUUAUGCGUGAAGCCGAAAAGGAGUCCUGGUUCCAGUGGUUCGAAUUCACUCCGUAUGAAUUCUUCUGCGAGGAACUCAAUGCUGGAAUCCCGACCUGGGCCCUAGGAAGACAUUUCAACGGCGGUACUAAUCAGCUUCCUGAUAGGAACUACCCUAUCCCGGAGCUCAGAGUUCCCGAAUUAAUGGGUAUCUGGGGCAGCGCCUUCUGCGCGACACUAUCGCACUACUACAAAGAGGCCCGACCCUUAGUCAAGAGCCUCGCUGGGUUCGGUGGCAUCGAUUCUCUGAUCCAGGGCAAGAACCAAGACCUUAUCCGGGUGCACCCUAUCGAUCCUGCUGCUAUUCCUAACUACGUGAUGGGCAUGAAAGGCCAACUACCGGCCUCUUGCCCCGAGUCUGUCUUUCGCAGCAGUCAUUUGCGUCUGAUGGAUGCCGGUAUGAGCAAUAAUCUGCCCAUCUAUCCGCUUAUUCGCCCCGGCAGAGAUGUCGAUGUGAUCGUUGCUUUCGACGCAUCCGCAGACAUUAAACAAGAGAACUGGCUCUCCGUUGUCGACGGAUACGCCCGACAACGUGGUAUCAAGGGUUGGCCAGUCGGUGCUGGAUGGCCCAAAGAAAGUUCGAGCCUAGAAGAGACCAAGCAAGCUCUCCAUGAAUCACAGCACGCGUCGGAACAAAAAGCGAAUGAGAAAAUGGCGGAUGCCCAGAGCCACAGUCUCUCCCACUCAAAGGACUCCAACAAGGCGGCAGACUCGGAUUUGAGCUACUGUAAUGUCUGGGUUGGAACGAAAGAGGAACGAAUCAGCGAGAAAGAACCUCCCCCAUCGAAGCGCCUCUUCCAUCCCGAACAAACCGAAGAUCACACCGAGUCCGAAUUUCAUCUCAUGCAGCCGGAAGCCGGAAUUGCCGUCGUCUACUUCCCUCUGAUCCCAAAUCCCGAGGCGCCGGAUCUGCCCCCUGCUCAGAAGACACGCCCCCUGUCUGCUCCCCCCCAUCCGAACUCAAUUGACCCCGAGGUUGAUGAUUUCCUAUCUACGUGGAACUUCAUCUACACACCUGAACAGAUUGACUCGGUGGUUGGAUUGGCUAGGGCUAAUUUCAGCCAGGGCAAGGAGCAAGUUCGUCGUGUUGUUCGGGCGGUUUAUGAGCGGAAGAAGAGUGAUCGACUACGGAAGGAACAAGAGGAUGCGCGGAAGCAGCUGGAGGGAUUUGUGCCUCUCUAA